AGUUGAAAGCGGUGGCGAUUGGCGAAUUGCGGACUAUGGCUGAACAAAUGGAGGAGAGACACGCGGCGGCGGAGGCUGGAACUGCGUACCGGAAGUUCAGUGGAAAAGAUGAAUUUCCGUCCAACAUGUUUAAUAGGAUAUUAGCUAUUGCGCUGUGGCUUGGGUCUUUGCAUUUCAACUUCUUUUUGCUUCUUUUCUCCUUUCUCUUCCUUCCUUUUUCCAAAUUCCUCAUGGUGGUUGGAUUUCUCUUGGUUUUCAUGGUUCUUCCUCUUGAUCCUCACAGUAAAUUUGGCCGGCGCCUGUCUAGGUAUAUAUGUAAGCAUCUCUGCAGUUAUUUUCCCAUCACUCUCCAUGUUGAGCACAUCCACGCCUUCAAAUCUGAUCGUGUUUAUGGUUUGUUUCCUUCCUUUUUGCUCAUUUAUGUCAUGCUUUCUCCUGUGCCGUGUAUUUCCCUUGCAUGA